AUGGAGGUCUUGGAACUAGACCUCUUGGUUGAUUGGGGUGAUCAGGGGGAGUAUCCUUUGUUAUUUCCUUACGGUGAAGAUGGUUAUCGCGAUGAUGUCCAUCGUAAUUCAAUUUCCACUGGUAGGACAAACCCAAGAUCAACUAUCAGCAUUAGAGAAUUCUUUGCAUUUAGACUUCAGAUCAGAUUAGGAGAGUCCCAAGUUCUCCAUCAAUCUAGAAAACUUUUCCAACAGUUCUUGGUUGAUGCUUAUACAAUGAUUGAGCACGAACGUCUUAAUUUCAUUCGUUACAAUCAGGCUAAUCUCAGAGCUGAUUUGUACAAAAAUGUAGUACACGCGUUUGACAGAGGAGAAGAUACAACGAUCAAAACAGGCAGGCGUAUUAUUAUACCUUCUUCUUUCACGUGCGACCCAAGAUAUAUGGCAGAAAAUUGUAAGAAUGCAUUUGCAAUUUGCUGUUGGGCUGGACAACCUCAUCUUUUCAUAACAAUUACCUGCAAUCCGAAGUGGCCAGAAAUUUCACGGUUUCUUAAGGCUAGAACGCUGAACGUUGAAGAUCGUCCAGAUAUUCUUUGCAGACGAGAAAGUGCUCUCGAUAUUGACAAAUUGAUUUCUGCGGAGAUUCCUGAUAAAGAUUCUGAUCCUUCAUUAUUUGUAGCUGUAACAAGUUAUAUGAUGCACGGUCCAUGUGGUCCUAAUAAUUACAAGUCUCCUUGCAUGAAAGAGGGAAAGUGUUCAAAGAAAUUUCCCAAAAAAUUCAGCUCCCGUACAAUUAUUGACGAUGAUGGAUUCCCUCAUUAUAAAAGAAGAAAUAAUGGGAGAUUUGUUAUUAGGAAUGGUGUGGAGCUAGAUAAUCGUUCUGUUGCGCCUUACAAUGCAAACCUUCUUUUAAAAUAUCAAGCUCAUAUAAAUGUUGAAUACACCUGUCAGAGCGGUGCUAUUAAAUAUCUUUUUAAAUACAUCCAUAAAGGAAAUGAUCGCGUGACAACUGCUAUAAAACAUUCAGAUCCAACUCUUGACGCAUCUCGAAAAAAUGAUGAAAUUCAAAUGUUUUAUGAUUGCAGGUAUGUGUCUGCAUGCGAGGCUGCUUGGAGAAUUUUUGGCUUUGAUAUUCAUUUUAGAUAUCCUCCUGUUCAGAGAUUGUCAUUUCACUUACCUAAUGCAAAGAAUGUUGUUUUCCGGGAUAAUGCAUCAAUAUCUGAUGUGAAGACAAGAGCUGAGUCCAGGAGGUCAAUUUUUGAGGCUUGGAUGGAAGCAAACAAAAAAUAUCCAGAAGGAAGGCAUCUAACUUAUGCUGAGUAUCCAACCCAUUUUGUUUAUAAAGAAGAUACCCAAGAAUGGCACCCUAGAAAAAAAGGAUUUUCAAUCGGUAGAAUAAAUCGUUUCUCAGCUAAUAAUGGAGAAGAUUCAUAUCUUCGGAUGCUUCUUACUUUUCAGAAAGGUUGUACGAGCUAUUAUGAUUUGAGAACAAUUAAUGGUGUGUUUUUUCCUUCGUUUAAGGAUGCAUGCUAUUUUCUAGGUCUUUUGGAUGAUGACAGAGAGUAUAUCGAUGCUAUUAAAGAGGCAAAUGUAUCUCUUCCAGAAGAUUGUAUAAUAAAUUCUACACUUGCUGAAAUAGACAAAGUACUGCAGAACAAUGGUAGAUCUCUAUCAGAUUACCCGUCAAUGCCUCGCAUAAUGAUGGAAUCAUUGCUGGAUAUACAAAAUAGAUUGGUGCUUGAUGAGUUAUCGUAUGACAGGUUAUUUUUGAUAGAAGAACAUAAGAGAUUAUUACAUUCCCUAACUGAUGAGCAGAAAGAUGUCUACGAGAAGAUUAUUUCAGCGGUUUCCCGAGGCACAGGGGGGUUUUUCUUUCUUUAUGGAUUUGGAGGCACAGGAAAAACAUUUAUUUGGAAUACUUUGUCUGCAUCUGUUAGAUCAAAUGGAAAAAUUGUACUAAAUGUUGCUUCGAGCAGAAUUGCUUCUAUCCUGUUGCCUGGAGGACGUACAACACAUUCCAGAUUUCGUAUUCCUAUUCAGAUCAACGAAGAUUCAACGUGUAACAUAAGCCAAAAUUCUACUCUUUCUGAGUUGUUGUCGAAAACAAGCUUAAUUAUUUGGGAUGAGGCCCCAAUGGUACACAGAUUUUGCUUUGAGGCUCUUGAUAGAACACUUAGAGAUGUUCUUAGAUUUUCUAAUCCGAGUUUCUGUGAUAAUCCAUUUGGUGGAAAAGUUGUUGUUUUAGGAGGUGAUUUCCGGCAGAUUUUACCUGUGAUUCCUCAUGGUAGCAGACAUGAUAUAGUUCAUGCCACUAUUAAUUCGUCUCAUCUUUGGCCGCAUUGUAAUCUAUUGACUCUGACCAAAAACAUGCUUCUAACUUCAGGAAAUAGUAAUCAAAAUUUGAUGGAAAUAAAAGAAUUCUCAGAAUGGCUUCUUAAAAUAGGAGAUGGUGAUCUUGGAGAUGAUGUGGACGGGGAAUCUAUUAUAACAAUUCCAGAUGCACUAUUGAUCAAAGAAUCGGAAGAUCCACUUUCAGAUUUGGUUGAUUUUGUGUAUCCGAAUAUGUUGAAUCAUAUUUUUGAUCCUGCUUUUUUCAAAGAACGUGUCAUUUUGACUCCUAAAUUGGCAGAUGUUGCUAUCUUAAACGAGCGGCUUAUGAGUUUUAUUCCGGGUGAAGAACGAACAUAUUUGAGUUCGGAUAGUGUUUUGAAGCAAGAUGGAAAUUCUGAGCUAGAGGAUGUUGAAUUCUCUCCUGAGAUUUUAAAUACCUUCUCAUGUUUCGGACUUCCUGAUCAUAAAUUAACUUUAAAGGUUAAUGUGUCGGUUAUGCUUUUGAGAAACAUUGAUCAAUCAAAGGGGUUAUGUAACGGCACAAGACUGCUUAUUUCUAGAUUAGGCAACCAUGUUGUUGAGGCAACUGUUCUUAAAGGAAGCAAUAUAGGAGAAACUGUCUUAAUCCCUAGGCUCACUAUCAGCCCGUCUUCUCAUACGUUUCCUAUAAAUUUCCAAAGAAGACAAUUUCCCUUGGUGGUUUCAUUUGCAAUGACUAUCAACAAGAGUCAAGGACAAUCGCUUUCUCAUGUUGGAAUUUAUCUUCCUAGACCUGUUUUUACUCAUGGACAAUUAUAUGUGGCGCAUCAAGAGUAA